AACCUUUAAAAUUGAAAAAGUUCUAUUUCUCUUUGAGUUUCACAAGAAUUUAUUAUUUUAUAUAGAAAAUAUUCAUGGCAGCUGAAAAUGUUACUAUAUCAGAUAAUAAAAAGAUAUCUGAUGAAGACAGACAAUUUAAAGUUAAAGCUGCAAUCUUCCUUUCUGGAGUGUCUGGUAUAUCAGCGAUUAUAGGAUUUGGAGCAACAUUAGCAUCUGCAAAAAGGCAAGACCCAAAACAUUUUGGAAUUGGUAUGACGCCAACAAGAGAAUUAUCCGAGACUGGUGCAUCUUUAGCAUUACGAGCUCUAGGAUGGGGAACUUUAUAUGCAUUUGCAGGAUGUGGAGUGCUAUUUUAUGGCAUUUGGAAACUGUCAGGGGCUAAGAACUUACAAGAAUUCAGAUAUAAAAUGGGUUCUGCACUUCCUGUGAUACCGAGGAAUAAUCCACCUCAAGGAAGAACUGAAUUUAGUGGAUUGAAUGAUCUCUUAGACUAUUUGCAACAUCAAAAAGGUGUAAAAGACAAAUAAAUCAUCAGAAGCUAUGCAAUUCUAGUUGUUUGUUCAGUUUUAUGAAUAAUAACAGUGAGAUAUUUAUACAUAGACCCAUAGAUAUAACAAAAAAAAAAUAGUAGAAUGUAGUUUAUUUUCCAUGUUAAUUAUGCCCAAAAAUUUAGUGUUACAGACUCUAGUGUUGAUAUUUAUUUUAUUGCUUUUUUCCAGUUGCUCUUUAAAUAUGGUAAAUGAACUGAAAACAUGUAAAUAUAUUAGGUAUCACUUGUAAUUUUUUGUUUACUUGUAUGUUAUGGUUAAUAUAUCUAAGAAUUGUAAAUAUUGUUAAUAAAUAUUUAUAAAAUUUGUAUCCCA